AUGUCGUCUGCCCCAAUUGUAACGUCCCUGAUGGUUGAGAGAGAAGAGACGGUGAUGCCACCUUCAAGGGGUGGACAACCCAUUCGCAGAAAGGCUCGUUUUCUCCUCCCUUCCCUAAAUGUGGAGGAAACCUCACCCACAAUAAUGAUCCCUCAUUCUUCAAACACUGUCCCAAAUGACGAGGUUUUCUUCGAUGGUUGGAGAAAGUGUACAGCACGAUGGGAACAAUGGGUGUCCCAAAUGCGCCCUCUCUACCAACCUAUAUGGGAGAGAGCUGGGAUCGCAGAGGCCAUCACCGGCUCUCUUUGCACCAUCGCCCAACAAAAGGAGGUUAUCCUCGAACUCUCCGAUAGAUGGUGCUCCGAAACCAAAUCUUUCAUCUUCCCAUGGGGGGAAGCUACGGUCACCCUUGAAGACGUGGCCGCAAUCGGAGGUUUCAGUCUUGGGGACUUUUGUGUUCUCAAGCCAUUAGAAACUCCCGAUUUGAAGGAGAUUGAAGAUGUGCUCAUAGCGGAGAGAAGGGAGAUUGUCCGGUCAAAAGCGGCCAGAGCAUGUCAAAAGCUUUGGAUGGACAAAUUCAUGGACAGUGGGAGUGAUAUAGAGCAUGAAGCUUUCCCAGUGGCGGACCCAGAAAUGUUUUCUCGGGGGGGCCAAAUAUAUAGUAACGUAACAUUUUUUGCUUUCCUAUCAUUUUGGCUGUCCAGGUUUGUUUUCACUGGACCGGCGAUCGACACAGUUCGAGCCAAUGUGUUCCCGAUUGCUGUACACCUCUCGAGGGCAACGAGAAUCGCCUUGGCCCCGGCUGUCCUAGCCAGCCUUUAUCGGGACCUUGAUUUGCUUAAACGACGGGAGCAACGUAGCACGCGCAAACCAUCUAAAUCGAGGUCAGCGAAUAAGAUCACAAUUUGGGCUCCCUUUCAGCUGGUCCAGGUUUGGAUAUGGGAGAGGUUCGAGUCCUUGAGGCCACAGGGCAUUAGGACAGUGGGGAUGACUGAACCAAGAAUAUGCAGAUGGCAUAUUGCAAGGACCGAGGGACUUGUAAAUGAAAACAUCGGUCGGGUUUUCGAUGAGAGCGGGAAGAAGUUUGUAUGGAGGCCAUACACAAGCCGUGAUUACAAAGGGUUCAUGUCAGAGCUGUAUGGUAAGAAGGUCGAGAGGGUGUUCAACACGUAUUUAGACAGGGAAGUUCUGGAGGACUUUGUCCGUUGUAUCAGGGUAUCUGAGCUUGUUGGGGUGGAGGUGGAUUGCAUUGAGCAAUAUCUGCCUCAUCGAGUGGGGAUGCAGUUCGGGUUUGAUCAAGACAUUCCCGUAGGUCAAGUUGCUCGUGAAGAUGGAAGUUCUGAGACUGCGUGGAGAAAUUAUGCUCGGCCCAUAGUAGAUCAUGUCAUUAAUGUACCAACAAGAUUGUAUGAGCCUGAAAUAACCACCAGGUACUACCGUUGUUGGAAGAGAUCCAUAAGGAUUCAUCUUGGGAGGCCACCUAGAAACAGAAAUGAAGUUCAACCACCGGUUGUGAAUCAAGAAAGAACCAGAACUGAUGGAGUGAUGAUUCAACCGCCAACUCGUGAUCUUGCUGCUUCUUCUUCUUCGGCUCAUCUCGGUUCAACUUUGAAUGUAACAAGAGACCCAUUACCCCCGCCAACUGAUCGUGCUCUUGCUGCUGCUUUUGCUGCUGCUGUUGCUGCUGCUUCUUCUUCUUCGGCUCAUCAUCCCGGUACAAGAUUGAUUUUAAUAAGAGACCCAUUACCGCCCCCUCCUGGAUUCUCUUCUAGAAUGAUAUAUGCAUUGGACACUCAGGGCGGUGUCAUUCCAUUACCCUUUCGCCCUCCUCAUCAACCAUAA